UUUUUAUUUUGGGCUAAGUUGCAGAGAUGUUUCACGCAAUCAAAAAGUUGGAAGCGCGGCCUUUAACAAAACCACAGUAUAUAAGAGGCGCCAACGGCACAAUCAGCCACCGCGAGACUCCAAAACUUCAACUGUGAAAAUGGCUCAGUAUGCUCCAACCUUAAACCCUCCCAAGACCCUCAUCCCCAAGCUCCCAAACCCCAACCCUUCUUUCUCUUCCAUCUCAACCUUCAGAACCCCAAAACCCAAAUCCAAAAACUUCUCAACAAUCUCCAUGUCAGUGACGGCGGGCCAAAAUCAACAGCAGCACCAGAAACCACCGUCCUUAGACGUUCUGAUCAACAGUGCUCGCAAGGAAGAGGUAAUUGGUGCUAUCAAGAAUUCGUCGUCUCACUGCCUCUCCGAAACCAACCUGCAUCUCACAGUUCCCGGCCUCAAAUCCAAAACUAGAGGCAAGGUUAGAGAUGUUUAUGACAGUGGGGAUUAUCUAGUUAUGGUCACCACGGAUAGGCAAAGUGCAUUUGACAGAAUUCUUGCUUCCAUUCCUUUCAAAGGCCAGGUUCUCAAUGAGACAAGUUUGUGGUGGUUUGACAAAACUCGACACAUAACUUCAAACGCAGUUGUUUCGGCUCCAGAUGAAAAUGUAACAAUUGCAAAGAAAUGUUCUGUUUUUCCUGUUGAAUUUGUGGUCAGAGGUUUCGUGACGGGAAGUACUGAUACGUCACUAUGGACAGUCUACAAUAAUGGUGUUCGGAAUUACUGUGGCAAUGCACUCCCAGAUGGCUUGGCAAAAAGCCAAAAGCUUCCUGCAAAUAUACUCACACCAACAACUAAGGCGGCAGAUCAUGACGUUCCUGUUACCCCAGAUGAGAUCGUUGAACGUGGACUAAUGACUCAAGCCGAGUAUGAUGAAGUAAGUAGGAAAGCAUUAAGCUUGUUCGAGUAUGGACAGCGCGUGGCUCUGGAACAUGGCUUGAUAUUGGUGGACACAAAAUAUGAAUUUGGAAAGGGCCAAGAUGGUUCCAUUCUUUUGAUUGAUGAGGUGCAUACACCUGAUUCAAGCAGAUAUUGGAUUGCACAUACUUAUGAGGAGCGGUUUAAGAAUGGCCUUGAACCUGAAAAUGUUGAUAAAGAGUUCUUGAGGUUGUGGUUCAAAGAUCAUUGCAAUCCUUAUGAAGAUGAGGUCCUCCCUGAUGCUCCUGAGGAACUCGUUCGUGAGCUAUCUUGGCGAUAUAUUUUCUUGUAUGAGACAAUAACAAAAUCAGAAUUCAAGCUGCCCUCCACAGAGGAGCCAAUACAUGAUCGGAUAUCUCGAAAUGUUGCACGGGCGUUAUCAUCUCUUACGUAACUUCAUAGUAUGAAGCACAAUUUUGUAUUGGAAUUGACUUUACCCAAAAAUUAUCAGAAAUGAUGGAUAGUUAAUCUUAGGAUGAACUUUGGUGUCUUGUUUCAAGAAAAUGUCUCUGGUAUGGGGGUUAACCAGUGGCUUGUAUCAAAUAAUGAGAUGGAUAAUUGGGUAUAAUAAUUAAGCAAAAAUGUUUUAUGCUUA